UACAGAGUGCUAUAAGGACGUAUAUGUUUCUACGUGCUAUGAUAUAUGUAGCCGGGGUCUAGUUCCGAAACCUGGCUACUAACAACCUCGAUUGAAAACAAACUUACCUACAUUCGUUGCAACUUUUCUGUGAUUGAUGAAAGGAGAUUUUGUGAUUGAUUGAGAAUUGAGAUAAAGCUGAAGGUUUUAGCGUCCCGGGAGUGUCAGCAAAAGAUAGGAGCGGCUUUGUGAUGACUGCAACAAAACUAUAUUACUUAAUACGCCCUCUGUUUCUUACUUAUUAAAUAGAAUGAAGGCUGUAGUAUAAAAGAAAAUAUGUCGGUAUUAAAAUCCUUUUUUAUAUUUUAUGCGAGUUAGAAUUAAUCUUUCAUAAAUGCACUAAAUUAUAUAUAUAUUAUUUUCUUUUACGUUUCAUAUAAAUAUCUGGAUACAAAGAUCUAGAUUCUAGACAGUCUAAUUACAUGUAGCGUUGAAGUGCAGAGGAGAAAUGUAGCUACAAUAAUGUGGGACACACAUUAAGUGAUUUUUCUAAUUACACCUGUCAAGCCAUCCCCUCGAGUAGAAAUUGUGUAAGUUAAUACUGUAGUUGUUGUUUAGCUUUUCAUACUGUCACACAUCACAAGUGAAGGCCACUUUCAUUAUAGCUGAUAAAUGGCGUGUUUUCUACUUUACAGCAUAAUUUUAUAUUUUUGGAGUGUCACAGGCAAAAGUUGGUAUCCUGCUAGAGAUCAUAGUGAAGUUCUUUCAGGUACAGAUUUAAAAUAUGCAGAGAAAGGUCAUAGUUCAAAUUAUUACAUAGAUGGAAAUAUAUCAUCAAAAAAUUUUAAGGAUACGGAACAAAUUCAACAGUUAUCAACGAACAAACAGAACACUAUUGAACUUUAUAAUGUAAUAAAAAGUAAUAAUUGGUUAAAUAUAACCAGACCCAGAAGAAAAAUUCGCAGGUGUUUACCCAGGUCUAGGUACUCGAAGUACCGUGAAUUUAGCCCCCAAGGAAGAUUUUUGGAAGUAUUUGAGGUGGUACAAUUUGAGCAUCUCCCUUGCACGUCUCACACGGGCUUAGAAGGAACUUGCCUUCACGAGAUCGAUUGUGUCAAUCAAGGUGGUACUGGGAUGGGCUCGUGUGCUGAUGGAUUUGGGACAUGUUGCAUCGUUAUCUUCAAUUGUGAGGCACGUUCAAAUUCUCGUGUUGGAUGGUUCACAAACCCUGGUUUUCCAUCCCCAAGUUCAGAAAGGCUAUCGUGUGCAUUCACUUUGGAUAAACAUUCUGAUAAUAUAAAGCAGAUAAGACUGGAUUUUAUGAAUUUUGAGCUUUUACCUCCAAGCUAUGGGAAUUGUGAACAAGAUCAAUUUACGGUAACGGCGCAGAAUGCCAAUUUUAUUACACCGACACUCUGCGGAAUCAAUUCAGGACAGCAUGUGUACGUCGAAGUGUCUAAUGUUGAAGGGCCCUUAAUAUUUUCGAUGCAAACUAUUACAGACGACGCUCGGCUUUAUUCCAUUAAGAUAACUCAACUAACAGCCUGGGACGAGCUAGCGGCCCCUACAGGUUGCCGGCAAUUCUUUAAAGGAGACCAAGGAUAUUUAGAAUCAUUUAACUACCGAGAAAGAUCAGAAAUAGGCAUCCUAAGAUCAUCAAGUUACAUGAACAACUUCAAUUAUGCAAUGUGCAUCGAACGGGCGCCAAACUCCUGCAGUGUAACUUACACGAAUGACGGAGAAAUGCAAAUAGUCAAUUACGAUACAGACGGUCUCCCAGUGAUACCGCCACAGCAGGCCGGUGUGGAGAUAUUCAACUGUCCCACGGAUUACUUGUUAAUAGCUGCUGUAAGGCUCUGUGGCGAACGAUUCAACGAUGGCUCUGUCCUGCAAGACUUUUCAUUGGACGCGCCAGUGACAGACGACAGUGCUGGACCUAUAGUGAUAAGGUUUAGAUCGGAUGGAAUUUACACCGGGAGAGGGUUCAAACUUCACUAUCAACAGAAUUCUUGUACGAAAUGAAAUAGAU